ACGAGCCGCGGAGCUGCAGAAUUAAUCAGCCGAAGAAGAAGAAGAAAAAAAAAAGAAGAAGAAGAAGAAGAAGAAGAAGAAGGAAAUACAAACCGUCUGGCGGGCUCUGAUCAGCUGGAGCCGUUUAUGGAUAUUAGAGACGUUUCUUCGGUUUAAACGAUGCAUCAGUGGGAUCUGUCUCCGUUCUCAGUGACUCCAGCUGCAGCUCUGUUGUCCAGAUGUGUUUCUGGAGGAGUUGUGUCUCAGGAAGACAUAGACUCCGCCUCCUCCAGGCUGUGCCCCGCCUUCUCCUCUCACCUGCAGGAAACUGAGCAGCGAGUCAGAAGGCUUAGACAGCUGGAUGAGCUGCAGCUGCAGGUGGAGCUGCUGCAGGUGGAGAAGGAGAGCGCUGACAUCACACACACAUUUCACCUCACUCAGAGGUUCCAGAUGUUGCAGAUGUUUUGUGGUCACCUGCAGGACCUCCUGAAGGAUCAGAACAGCCUGAGACAGAGACUCAUGAGACCGCUGGGUCGCACCAACCUGCCCGUCCAGGCUCACCUGCAUAGGUCUGUGGUGGAGGUUGUGAAGAUGCUGCUGGACUUCAUAGAGACCCUGGAGGAGAAGCUGGACUCAGUCCAGAGUUGCACGACCACCAGAGACAGGAUCAGUCAGCUGAACACCUCUCUCGCCCAGCUCUUAUCUCAGGUGGCAGAGGUUCAGAGUUUGUCCAAUCAGGUUCUUCAGUGGAGGGAGGUGGGGAGCAGCCUUCUGGCCGAGAGCUCUACCUGACCACCCCCCCGACAGGACGCCGUCUCAUUGGACAAACAGGAAGCUGUUCGUCGUCAAACCUUCAUCGUGUGUUUUAUUCGUUUAGUUUUUCUGUAAUAAAGUCAGAUUUUACUGAA